GAUUGCCUUGCUGCGCAUGCUCAAUGGCUUUGUUAUUGUGAACCUACUUUUGAAAAUAAAUCCAGUAAGAAGGCACGAAAAGAAUGAACCUGGCAAGAAUCAAGAGUGCUCUAGAUGGUAUCCAGGAUGCAAGCUUACACAGCAUCAAUACAGAGACGAUGAGUGGCAUUGAGCCUUUGGGAAGCAGCACCAAUGCAUCUCCUGCAGGAAGCCCUAAAGGUGUGUCUUCACAGCUGUCCAGGACACACCAACAAACAGACACCAGGACGACACAAGGAGACUCGUUGUUCUCACCUGUUGGGACUGCUAAGCAUGAACCUGUUUUAGCAGGUGCACUAUCGGACUCCCAUUUCAGGAUGUCGGUAUCGGAACCCACGACGGGUGAAAAGGACUGGAGAUCAAUCCAGGAACAGAGAGGGCUAAGUGAGAAUAAACAUCACUAUGAUCAUCGUAGCCAGAUGACAAAGACUAAUGUUCGCAUUGCUACUACUUCAGAAACGUUGGUUAAUAGAUCUUUGUUUGUGAAGGAUAGUCACAGGUCUCAUGUAUCGUCUGGAACCAGUAGGGGAAAUGUGUUGUCUAUGUCAUCCACAACCCCUCAUGCAGGCUUAGUAACUAAUGGAAGUAAGAAGCCAAUCGAUUUGACCGAUAAGUCUGGUAUAGAUGGAUCGACAUAUCGUUACAAUGCUCAUAGUGAUAGGAUUGAUGUUGAACAACAAUCACCACAAGAUGCAUUUAGCAGCAUCUAUUCAUCGGAUGAUAGGCCUCCUCAUUACCAAGACAGCAGCUUAACUGCUUCAGGUAUGUCAAGGACUUCUCAAGGUCAAGAUGAAGAAUCCGGUCCUGGAGUACUGUCGUCACGGCAACAACCAUUGUCAUCAAGCCCAAGGGUAGAGCUAUACAGUCUGCAAGAAGGAAGCUACACAAAAGACUUUCAGAAUCAUCAAUCCAUUCCACCUGAACUCGCUGAAAUUGAGAAUUUGAGACAAAAUUUAAGCAACAUGAUAACUUCCCCUGGAUUAUCUCAAGAUGAAAGUUUGUCUGAAUUGCUGAUGCUCAACAAGGAGCGUAAUAAGAGGGAAUCCACAGAGAGUACCAAAACAGACUCUCUCUUAGGGGCUCAGCUUUUCCAAGGUAUUUCUCCAUCAUCGAUGAGACCCGGUUCAGAUAGCGGCUUGGCAUCCUACCAACCGUCUCAUGUGACCUCGAGUCAAAGGUCAGGGGUCAGUGGGGUUGACAGCAGCAUCUCUAAAGAAAACCGGGUGCUAAGGGAAGGAUUAGAGAGGGAGAGAUGUAGGAGAAGGCACUGUGAGGAUCAGAUAGCAACUUUACAGGGUAGGAUCCUCGAGACUCAGCAACUCUUAGCCGUAGCUCAAGCUACCGAGAAGAAGAAAGAUAAUAUGAUUGCACAACUUGACAAGACAAUGGCUAAAGUUUCUGCUAGUUUGAAGCAGAGAGAACAAGAGAAGGUCACAAUGGUGGAUAAGCUGAAGGCAACUAAUGAUGCAUUAUUACAAAAGAUUGAGAAACAGAAGAUUAUCAUCAGGGAACAAAACAAAGAAUUGGUUGACAGUAGGCAGAACUGUGAAGACUUCAAGCAAUCGGAGAGAGCUUUCAGAGAUCAGUUAAAACAACAUCAAGCAGAAAAUGGGAAGAGAUGGGAGGAAGCUCAAAGGAUGACACAGCUUACCAAUAAACAGAUGGAAUCUAUGGGGGAGGAUUGUCUAAAGGCAGAACGGCAGCUCAAAAAAGUUCAAGCCACUCUGGCAUCGGAAAGAGAAGAAUGGAAGCAGAGAGAGGUUGAGCUGGAGCAGAAGGUAUCCUCCUUAGAGAUGGAGCGGGCCGCAUCCUUCGAUGAGAUGCAGAGAUUGCUCCAGGAAGAGAAGAGGACGGUGGAUGAACUCAACAAAGAUCUCAUCAAGAUGAGAAGAGAGGCUGAUGAAAGUAGGAAAGACAAAGACAAUGCUCAUAGGGAGAAGGUAAGUCAACAACAAAUGCAUUGGUUUAUUGAGUAGUACUGAUAGUUAGGUAAAGAUAAAACAAAUAUAAAACCUCUUUCCUAUGUGUGUUCUCCUAAAAUAUUGAAGAGAAUGGCAAAUAUAUUAAUCACAUGGAAUAGUAAUCAUUUCUACUUCAGUAUUCUCUUCCUAUUGAAGAUCCAUGUAAUCACAGGAAUUGUAUGAGUCCAAUAAUGAUUUUAUUGUGUGAAUGGAAAUUUCCAAAGAACCCUAAACUAGUACAUUCCUGAUUCACUUCACAAUACUAAUUUUGAAUGUUAAAAGAUGCUUUCAUAAUACAUGUAUAAUGUAUAUAUUGAUAUAUUUUGAAAGAUGCAUAUUAAUGGGCUCU